GAGAGCCCGAGGGGUGGCGGAGGAGGGGGAGGGGGAGGCGACGGCCCAGGAGGACCGGGGAAGCUUAUCUCCCAUGGCGACUGACCCCGGCGAGCCCACGGCCACCGAGGACUCCUCGGAGAAACCUGAUGGAGGGAGGGAGGAGGAGGCGGAGCAGGAGCAGGGGGGCGGGCGCGGGGUGGCCGCAUCGUCGGCGGCGGCGAUGGUGGCCGCCGCGGCCCGGGAGAGAGAGCGCACGCGCAGCACCCCCUGCGACUUUCCCUCCUCCCAGACGGAGGAGAGGAGGGCGGGAGGACGGGCCGCCGGAGGAGGAGGAGAGGACGGAGGGGACGCCGGGGCCGACGGACCGGAGGCGCUCGCCCGGAACGCCCUGCGCUCGCCUUCCCUGUCCGUGCCCUCGUCCCCGACCGCCCUGCACCACCCGCACGCCCACCACCACCACCACCACCACCACCACCACCAGCAGCAGAGCGGCCGGCUGAGGCGCGAGAACAAGCGCUUCUUCCGCAAGAGUGUGGAGAUCUGCGAGGAGGAGGACGAGCCGGAGGAGGCGGCGGCGGCCGCCUCUUCCACGCCGGACACCCCGCAAAGCGCCCCCCACCUGCAGCUGCGCACCUCCGACUCCGUGUUCCACGCCGCCGCCGCCGCCCCCGCCGCCGCCCCCCAGCAGCAGCAGCUUCCUGCCAGUGCCCACGCGGCGCUCGGAGAGGAGAGCGCUCCCGACGGGGCGUCCCAGGACCCGGACAAGGCCGGCGGCGGAGCGGCCCCGUCCACCCCCACGCAGCCAAAGGCCAAGGAGCGCGAGGAGCAAGAGGAGGAGGCCGAGAUGAAGGCCGUGGCCACCUCGCCCGGUGGACGCUUCCUGAAAUUCGACAUCGAGCUCGGCCGCGGGGCCUUCAAGACGGUCUACAAGGGCCUGGACACGGAGACCUGGGUGGAAGUGGCCUGGUGUGAACUCCAGGAUCGCAAGUUGACCAAGGCGGAGCAGCAGCGCUUCAAGGAGGAGGCGGAGAUGCUGAAGGGCCUGCAGCACCCCAACAUCGUGCGCUUCUACGACUCCUGGGAGUCCGUUCUCCGCGGCAAAAAGUGCAUCGUCCUCGUCACCGAGCUCAUGACAUCAGGAACGCUAAAAACCUAUCUGAAGCGCUUUAAGGUGAUGAAGCCGAAGGUUCUGCGCAGCUGGUGUCGGCAGAUCCUGAAGGGCCUUCAUUUCCUGCACACACGCACGCCCCCCAUUGUGCACCGAGACCUCAAGUGCGACAACAUCUUCAUCACCGGGCCGACGGGCUCGGUGAAGAUCGGCGACCUCGGCCUGGCCACGCUCAUGCGCACCUCCUUUGCCAAGAGCGUCAUCGGCACCCCUGAGUUCAUGGCUCCUGAGAUGUACGAGGAGCACUAUGAUGAGUCAGUGGACGUCUACGCCUUUGGCAUGUGCAUGCUGGAGAUGGCCACCUCCGAGUACCCGUACUCCGAGUGCCAGAAUGCUGCUCAGAUCUACCGCAAAGUCACCAGUGGUAUAAAACCGGCCAGUUUUGACAAGGUGAACGACCCGGAGAUUAAGGAAAUCAUCGAAGGCUGCAUUCGGCAGAACAGGACCGAGCGACUCUCCGUCAAGGACCUGCUGAACCACGCGUUCUUCGGCGAGGACACGGGAGUGCGGGUGGAGCUGGCGGAGGAGGACACGGGCUGCCAGGACUGCCUGGCGCUGCGCAUCUGGGUGGAGGACCCCAAGAAGCUGAAGGGCAAGCACAAGGACAACGAGGCCAUCGAGUUCAGCUACGACCUGGAGAACGACAGCGCCGAGGAAGUGGCACUGGAAAUGGUGAAAUCGGGCUUCUUCCACGAGAGCGACGCCAAAGUGGUGAGCAAGUCCAUCCGCGACCGGGUCACGCUCAUCAAGAAGUCUCGCGAGCGGCGCCAGCAGCAGCAGCUCCUUCAGCAGCAGCAGCAGCCGCCGCCGCCGCAGCAGCAGCAGCCUGGCGUUCCGGAGGAGAGGAGAGACUCCACCUUCACCUCCUCGUCCUACUCCUGCUCCCACCCCUCUUGCCCCUCCUCCAUGGGCCCGGCGGCUGCCGCUGCCGCCGCCACCAGCGCUGUGGGGGCCACCGGGGGCCACGUCGGGGAGGCAGAGGAGCUGCCAGAGGUGGACCAGCACGUCAGACAGCAGCAGCAGAUCCACAGCACGGCCUCUGGCCUGACAGAGGGGGAGAGCAUCUCUGCAGCAAGCUGCGAGUCCUUUACAAGUGGAACGAACCAAGUCCUCCUCCCGCAGGGGGAGUCUGGGAGCCCAUACGUACCUGCCCAGCCCAGCUACCCAUCGGCCCCAACCGCAGUGCAGAGUGCAGGGGUUCUGUCCCACCCCCAGAUGCUCCCUAUUGGUCAGAGCGGAGGGGAUCCAAACAUGCCUAUUGGCCAGAGUGGUGGAAUGUCUGGCAUGUCCAUUGGCCAAAGUGGCGGUGGGGCUCCAAACAUGCCAGUGGCUCAUAGUUUCAUUCAGCCAGUCACUAUGGCAACACAGGUCUCAUCAAGCGUACUGCAGCAGUAUCCCCAGGAGAGUCAAGGCCAGUCUGUCAACAAACAUACAUCAUCUGGCUCUGCCCCGGCCAAUGGAGAAGAGACUCAACCGCUGUGGGCCAAUGGGAAACUGGUUGAUAGGUUGAAGGCACAGAGGAGAUCGUCCUAUCAGAGGACAGACAAGACAACUCAUUUCCAGCUGACCAUGAUGCAGGUGUCCAACACUGGAGACAACUUGGUGGAAUGUCAGCUUGAGACUCACAGUAACAAAAUGGUCACCUUCAAGUUUGACGCUGAGGGUGACGCACCGGAAGAUAUUGCAGAUUACAUGGUGGAGGAGGACUUUGUCCUUGAUUCGGAGAAAGUGAAAUUUGUUGAGGACCUGAGGACCAUAGUAAAGAGAGCUCUGGAAAUCCUUCCACAGACAGGGUCAAUGGAACAGUUGCAUGUAAGCACCCCAGGAAGUUCAGCAGUGGAUUCCGCCCCACAAGCGUCUCCAGUGGGCCGCUGGCGAUUCUUCAUCAACCAGACAAUCCGGCAGCGGGACUCUCAGUCAAACCAGGGAGCCUCCACACCGCCCCCAUCUGGAGAGAGCCGGUCCUUACUGACUGCCGAGUCUGACAAAGAUCGCGAGGGAUCGCAGCGUUCCGAGUCCUUCUCCGGGAUAGCCUCCCCUCCCUGCCCUGUGCUGUCUGCCUCCUCCCCUCCGGUCUCCACCAUGUCUGCCCCUGCCUCGAUGUCUGCCCCAGCCACCGCCGCCCCUGCUCCUGACACUACUGCCUCUGACUCGAUCUCCGCCCCGGCUUCUGCAGUAGUUCACCACCCCCCCCCGCCGGCCUGUGCUGCCUGCGUUGACAUGCCAGCUGUCCUCCCCGUAGCCGCGCCAGACCAGGCCUCCUCCGGUGGCACGAGCUUAUUAGCCCAUGUGCCCGCCGCGGUCCUGUCGCCUGGCCAGAUCGUAGUCCCGCUAGCCAGCAGCGCCCCUCUGUCUGCAGCUGCUGAGGCUGUGGUCACUCCUGCCUCCAGCGUAGGCUCGUCCAUCGGGCUCGGCGUGGCUGAAGCCACGCUAGGGCAGUGCAUGUCGGAGGGGGAGCAGCGCACAUCGCUGUCCUCCUCCUCCAGUCACGCUCCCUCCCCAGCUCCCCCGGUCGGCCACGCCGCUGCUGGCCUCCCGCCGGAACGACCACCGCCUCUUCCGCAGGGCCCGCCUGUUCAGUCGGUCCAGCUUCCUGCGGCGGCCCUGGAGCAGACUCCUUACGCUCAGCAGGCAGCGCUGCAGCUUCAAAUGCAACAGCAGCUUCUGUUACAGCAACAGGUCCUGCAGCAGCAGUUGCAGCAGCAGCAGCAGCAACAGCAGACAAUCCAGCAGCCUCUCCCAGUCCAGCCUCAACCCCAAUCCCAGCCUCAGCCUCAGCCUCAGCCUCAGCCUCCGCCUGCUCUCACGGGGCAGAUAAAGCCUGCUGUGCCACAGGAGCUAAAGCCACAGUAUACCCCGCCCUUACAGAUGCAGCAGCAGCAGCAGCCUCUGUUGCAGAAAGUGCAGCAGCAGCAGCAGCAGCAGCAGCAAGUGGCCCUGCAGCCGGGCCCGCUAGCCCAGCCGCAGCCCCAGCCGCAGCUGCAGCAGGCCCCCCCAGAGCAGCUGCAGUCCCUUCAGCAGUCCCUUCAGCAGCAGCAGCAGCAGCAGCAGCAGCAGGCCCCCCCAGAGCAGCUGCAGUCCCUUCAGCAGCCGCCACAGCUGCUACAGCAACGGGUUUUGCCCAGCGCAGAGCAGCUGCAAGCGCAGGCGCAGCUCCUGCAGCCUCUCGUGCAGCCGCACACCCAGGCGCAGCAGAUGCAGCAGUUUGUCCCAGAGCCCCAGCAGCAGCAGUUCAGGCCACAAAUGCAGACCCCCGUUCAGCAGCCGGCGCCCCUAGAGCAGACUCCCCAGCAUACAGUCCAGGCCCAGCUACCACUGUCCCAGCCUUUACCCCUAGAGCAGCAGCAGCCUCAGCAGCAGCAGCAGCCCAUGCCUCCAGCCCCCCAGCCUCUUCAGAAGCAGCCCUCCUUCCCGCAGUCCGAGUCGGAGCUCUCCACGGGCGAGGCCAGCAUUACCGACGACACCUCGGGCUACCAGCACGCGGCCCAGGUGCCUCCCUCGUCCUCCGACGCCUCGCUGCCCCAGCUGCCCCUCAGCUCGUCUGAGGCCGCUCCGCUCCCGGCGCUGACCCACACACUCACCCCUUCCCCCGCCCAGCCCUCCUCGGUAGCCGAGUCCGACAGCGAGGGCCCGCCCAAAAUCGAGUUUGUGGACAACCGCAUAAAGACCCUGGACGAGAAGCUGAGGAACCUGUUGUAUCAGGAGUACAGUGGUGGCGGCGGCGGAGGGGCGACGCCCGGUGGAGUUGGGAGCGGAGCCUCGACCGGCUCCUCGGCUGUUCCCGGCAACGCCUCCUCCUCGUCGACCGGAGCGGCAGCGCUCUCGGCUUCGGCGGGUGGGGAGGAGUCGUCGGAGCCCCAUUCGCUCCCCGCCGUCGCUCCCUCCUCCUCCUCCUACCCCCCAGCCUCCUCCUCUGACACCUCCCCUCACUCCUCCACCUCCAGCACCUCCUCCACCACCCCGCGCUCCUCCUCCACCUCCCCUGACCUGGACAGGGCCCGCCACGCGGACCAAGCUCGGCAAGCCCUGGCCAGCCCUCCCGCUUCUGCUGCCGCUGCCCCUGUGGAGCACCAGCCCGCUCCCUCCUUCUCCUCCUCCUCCUCCACCCCUCCCUGCUCCCUCCUGUCUCCCCCACAUGGACAGGCAGCUGUGCCUCCUCCAAGUGAACCCAAAGUUCCCGCUGCCCCCUCCCUCUCUGACAGGAGCGCUUCAGGAGACUCCGCGUGGCCUCCGGCCCCAAGCACGCAGCAGAUCCCCAUCGGCUCCGGAGCCCCGCCGCAGCAGAAUGCAGGAGGUGGAUAUUUUGGCCUAAACCUGACAUGUCCUAGUAUCAGAAAUCCCGUUAGCAAGAAAUCCUGGACUCGCAAAUUCAAAAGCUGGGCGUGCAAACUGCGCCACUCCGCCAGCUUGUUCAAGAAGCCCAGAGUCCAGCAAGAUGGGCACUCCAGCGGUCAGGCUGGGAAGGAGGAGAGGGAGAGCGCUGGCAAGCUCCCGCAGCAGUCGUGGAGAGGGCGUUUCCAGGUCACUCCAGUAGCCCAGGCCUCUGAACCUUCCCCCCCCAGCACGACCCCUGGCAGCCAGGGCAGCAGGCACAGGAAAGUGGGGCGCUUCUCCGUCACCCAGGCCGAGGCCAAGGCCGAGUGCCAGACGGACAGCUCGCCGGUCUCUCCGGACCUGGAGCUGGGCGAGAGGAGGAGGGCAAAGGGCGAGAGGGAGGAGGGCAAGAGGACGCCCGUGCCCCCUCACCACCAGGCCCGAGCGCACGCCCACUCGCCACUGGUCAGCAGCGACGAGGAGAGCGAGCUGGAGGACGAGGAGCUGCGGAGAGAGCUACACAAACUCCGAGAAAAGCACAUCAAAGAGGUGGUGUCCCUGCAGGCGCAGCAGAACCGCGAGCUGCAGGAGCUCUACAGGGAGCUGCGCUCGCUCAAAGACAACCACCAGCCGCCACUGCCGCUGGCGCGCACGCCACCGCUGCCCUCCUCGCUGCCUCCCGCCAUCUCGCCGCGUCGGCCCCGGCCGGCCAAGACCAAGCUGCGGACCCGGCCCCACUCGCACCUGGACAACAACGGAGUCACAACACACGCUGGCAACAUCCAACAGUCCAGUAGUUUCUCGGCCGGGGAGCAGGGCCACCACCUUGCCCCCCCGGCCCAGAGCCCGGCCAAUAAGAAGAGCACAUUUACAGAUGAGUUGCACAAGCUGGUAGACGAUUGGACGAAAGAGACGGUGGGCGCCGCCCAACCCAAACCCUCGCUCAAUCAGAUCAAACAGAUCCAGCAGGAGCAAGAAUUAGGUGGCUGGAAUCAACCUACUGAGAUUCAGCAGACUGCCCCACCAGGCUGGUUCUCCGUGGCCCCCCUGAGCCCGCAGCCAGUUGCAUCCAGCGCAGGCCUCCCCACCAUGGCCCCCUCCCAGUACCCCAGCAGCGCGGGCCACCUCCCGCCCCCUCCGCAGCCGCAGGCUCCUGCCCAGGUGCCGCCGGUGGUGGCGGCAGGGCACGUGCCCGUGGUGGUGCCCCCCUUACAGCACCCGCCGCCCGGCCUCCACCUGCCGCCGCUCCAGCCGCUGCCCUUCCAGCCGCCCGCGGCACCCGCGCCCGCGCCGCUCCACCUGCCGCACCUGCCGCUGCGCCCCGGCCCCGUGCCCCUGGGGCAACCUGCGCCCGCGUCGCUCCCCAUCCCGCCCCUGCAGAUGCCCCCCGCACAGAUGCCACCCCAGAUGCCUGCCUUACCGACCGGUGUGCCCGCCAGCAGGCAGCCGCCGCCGGGCCCCUGCUGCUCCUCCUCCUCCUCCUCCGUCGCCCCCUCCACCCAGACCUCCGUGGCCGCGCCGCUGAUGCCUGGCACAGGCGCCCCCUCGGCCGCCAUCGCCACCGUGGUCAGCGCCGCGGUCACCACCGCUGCCGGGGUGCCCGUGGUCAGCGGCUUGGCCCCGGCGGCAGCCUUCUGCUCCUGCGUCUCCUCCUCGCCCUCCCCCUGCUCCUCCUCCUCGUGCUCCUCCUCCGCUUUGCCUUCCAGUGCCAAAUUACACCCUACGCCCCCCAACUCCACCCUCCCACUGGGACAACAGUGAACACGUGACAGACAUGACAAGGUGACGGAGGGGAAAAUCCGAAAUCCGAGUGGGAAACAAGCAUGUGGUUGAGAUGGAGAGAGGUUGAUGUUAAUGGCCACAUUAGGGUGGAGGUGGAGAGGUCAACAAAAAUUAUUUUGUGUCAAGGUCUUAUUUUUCAUGAAGAAUACUGAGAAAACAAAAAAGAUCCCUGUGGAUAACUUCAGUGAAGAGUCAAAAGAAUGUGAGAAGCUGAAGGUGCUUAAUCUAGUGUACAGAAUGUACAGAUUGGUGGAAAUGCAAGGGACAGUUAUGAGUGUUGCUGUGCACGGGUGUUGGGGUGUAUAAAUUAUGUAGUGUGUGUGUGUGUGUGUGUGUGUGUGUCUGUGUGUCUGUGUGUGUGUGUGUGUGUGUGUGUGUGUGUGUGUGUUCACCUUUUUUCUCCCUAAUACAUAUCCUUUUUCUGUGAUUUUGGCACUGUCAAGUUUUACAGCCAACCUAGUUGGACCUAAGCUCUCUCAAGACGUGAAGGAGAUGAGAUGUUUGACAUAAAUUAAUAUUCGCUUUUUUGUUGUUGUUUUUAAUUUAUCAACGCUUCUAAGGACUAUUUGAAUUCUGAGGAAAAAAAGUGCAAUUAGUACCUGUUCUCUGAACCCAUUUUUUCUGUGUUGUUGUGAUGUGUGUCUGUGUGUCAGAGGAAAAUAUUUUCGGUACAGCCUAAGCACGGAUACAACAACCAGAUGUUAACUAGCAAAGCCGGCAUCAUCAGCGUCAAUAGCACAAACGGUCUCUUCAGACUGUGAGAUAUUACAACAGUCGCAACAGCAGCAUGUCACUGCGCCAGCAUGGUAAUAUUACCUGGCAACCAUCACUAGCUACUGUAACUAGCGCAACCCCAAACACUGUUGUACAGUGCUGUGCACGGACAAGGCAUGUGACUCGUAUUAUAUUUUGCAUUGAUAAAUAGAGGUAACCUUUUAGAUUAGGUUAGGAUGGAUUUACAUUUUUUUUGAUAAAAUAACAAAAAACAGCUGUCAACAAUCUUAAGUUUUAAGUCAAUCCAGUACAUUGUAAUAGGCUCAGCGUGAAUAUCCUCUUUCUUCAACUGACUUAAAUUAAUGUGAUUGCAGAUGAUACUUCCUUUCUCUGAUUUCAGAUCAUUAUUUUCAACAGACAAAGUUUACAGAUUAACAUAGAUUCCAUUGUUGUUUUGGAAUUCAAAAUGAGAGUUCUAUUUGAGCACUUUCCCAAUAUGACAUAAGUAAACUUAUGUGAAAUCAGAAUUGCACAUCCAUACAAAAGCUGACUCCGUUGUGAGGAUGAGUCAGUCCGAUAAAUCAGUCUGCAUAUUCAUUAGGCAAAAGGUAUUUUCUUCCACAAAUUAAACAUUUCAUUUCAUGUCGUGACAUGGGUGAAGGAGAGAUUAAUAAAACUGCCAAGUGGAUUAAAAAAAAAAAAAAGGGGGAAACCAUUGACAUGGGCUAUCCCUAUAUUGCCUUUUAGAGUUACUACAUUGAAGAUGUAUUUUUUUCUCUUGUGUGAUAAAGUUACUGUAUGUAUGUACUGUUGUACUGCAUCACUUCUAUCGCCAUGGUAACCACCACAGCAACCAGCCUCCCAGUAAACGCACAGCAGCACCAGACACUGUGUCACAUCCUUGUUUACACCCCGUCUGCUUCUGUCAAUCUUUCGCAAAAAGAGAGCCCAGACAAAGUGCACAGCAGGACAACAGCUCAAGGCGGGCCACACACACACACAAUGACCUGUACACAGACAUGGCCGGUGCUGUGGUCAAAGGAAGCAUUGCCUGUCAAACAGAGAUGAAGCUUACCUACUCCAAGUGUGCUUGUGAAUGUUGAAAUAAUUGAAUUGGACUGAUGGAAAAAAAAAAAAAAUGUCAGAUUUGCAAUCUAGCGGAGGCCCUUCUAUAUGUGUGCAUUUGGAUCUUGUGAAGCUGUUCAGAGAGAAUGAUUGAGUCUGAAGAAGAGAGGUUGCCUGUCGAACAGACUUCAAGUAAGUUUUGUGUCAUGUGCUAAGAAAGUGCUCAGAGAGGUGAAAGAUUUUAUGUGUUUGAAAGAGAGAGAGCAAGAGAGAGAGAGAGAUAAGUCCAUUUGAUUCGUUAUUGUGGAGCCAUCCAGUCUGUGGUAAUGCUUGAGCCUGUGGAUGUUUAUUCAGAAAAAAUGAUAAAGAAAAACCUUAUGAGUACCGAGGCUUUUAACUUUUUUCAGUAUAUCAGUGUUGGAUUUUUUUUUUCUUCAACAAAACAACCUACAUUUCUACAGUAAACUAUGGCACAUUGUGAGUGGUGGUAAGCUACUGUGCUGUCGAGUCAAACACUAACCUGUUGACCACGUCAAUGCUUUGCUAUUUUACGACAGAGGAAGUCGGAACUCACCCUAUCCUGAAGUGUUACCAAAAUGUAAUCUAAAAAGAGAAGCAUUAUUUUUGUAUUUUGAAAUGGGGUUGUAAAAAAUGUAAAAUUGUGUACUGAUGAUCAGUGUUGCAAAAAGCUGAGGUUAUCUGGCACUUUGAAGACAUUGGCUCUCAACCAUGGUGAUGGGGCUCCCCCUGGAUACAUUGCAAAAGUGCUUUCAACUUUGAGCCAUUUCAGCGUGAAAAUUCCCAGUUUUAACUGUGAGAGGGAACAAUUUUUUCAUUCAAUUUGAGAAAUCAUGGAAGGACAUUAGCAAUUCUCUCACAUGUUUAGCAUUUAAAUCUUCUGAUUGCUGUGCCAAGGGGACCCCAGCGGUACUUGUGUGAGCUCCAAUGAUUCAAGGUUAUUUGAACAAAAUACAUCUAGAUGACUAAAAAUGUUAUUGCUGGUGAUUUAGCCACUGUACAAUUGUAACUAAUUCAAUUGUUGAUUUUAUUUAUGUUUUGUAACUAAUCAAAAUAAAAGAUGGUGU